AAGUGACGCGAGAAAGAGGAUGUGGCGGUUCUGACCGUGGCGGCGGUAGCAGCAGCAGCAGCAGCAGACGACGCCGGGCGAAGAACCUAGGGACGUUUCUGUCGCGCUGCAUGCCGGGAGACAAUGGACUAAGUGGGAGUUGGGCUGGACCAAGGCGCUUCUUGUCGGGGGGGGGCAUCUCCGGAGUGAAGGAGGCGGGGGGAGUUCCAGAUGGAUUCGCCCUGAUGGCGGUUGCCGCGGGAGGCCCCGAGUAACCCUCCGAGCCCCGUCUGGCCUGGCCAUGCCCGGCCCAGCUGCCCCUGCAGGAGGCCUGAGGUGCAAAGUAACCUUCAUAAAAGACUGAACCAUGGAACCAGAUAUCAUCCGAAUGUAUUCUUCAUCACCACCACCACUAGAUAAUGGAGCAGAGGAGGAGGAUGAAGAUGAGUUUGGUGAUUUUGGUGGGUUUUCCGAUGCUGGAAGUACUGGAGCCUUUGACUUUGCAUCAGAUUACUCCAGUUCAAAGGAAGAACAUAAACCUUCAUGUAACUCUGAUUACUCAGGCAGUAACAAAGAAAAAUGUGAGUGUAGAAGUUUGGGUACUUCACUUGAUGAUAUUUAUGCAGAAGAAGUUAAGAGAACUGGAAAAUUAGAGUCGUCAUACUCUGAAAUUAUUAGGACUGAUAUGAAAGUUCCAAGUCAGGACCACCAAGUAGACAGCUGUAAUGGUGAGAAACAGCCAUGUCCAGAAGUUCUAACAAAUGGGUUUGUAGCACUGGACACGGCAAAUUCUCAGGAAGCUGAAGAUACAGAUGGUAUCAGUGACUCAAAGGGAUUAAAAAUAAUUAGCACUAAUAGCUCUGAAUUAAGUUUGGAGUCUAUACCCACCACAGCAGAGGAUUUUGCAGACUUUGCCACGUUCUCAAAUAAACAAACAAGCCUGGUUGAUGAAACAGGAAAUAAAAUAUGCACAAAUUCUAGUGAAAAAGAAGUGUUUUGUGUACAGGAAAGCAAUAUUAUAAAUGGUGAGGGGGAAUCUAUGAAGAAAGCAACUUCAGAUCGAAGCUGUGAAUAUGGACAGAUUUGCAUUUCAAAAAUUAAUUUAGCGAACAAUGAAGACUUCAAGGCUAAAGAGGACUGCACAUCACUAGAAUACAAUGCCUUUAUUUCUUCCAUACACACAACUGUGAAUUCAGUAGGCACAACUGAAAGUAUUGGAGGAAGAGAGGAGUGUGACACUGGAAAUAGUAAAGAACAUACCUUUUUAAGGACCAAUGAUAAUGCAGAUACAUUAAGCCUUAAUGUAGGUGGAGUUCAAAGUCUUGGCUCUCAUCCUACAGAAGAGAACAUAUAUGAUUCUGAAAUAGUUAAGAAUGGUGAAAGUGACAUUGGGCAUGCAUCAUGCAGUGGUUUAAAUGAAGAUGAUUUUGGUGACUUUGGCACAGUCAGCAAUGGAUCCCUUGCUUUUACUCAAGUUUCUGCCAGCCAAGAACACUUUCAAAGCCCUUCUGAAGACAUCAGUAAAAGAAGUAAUGCAUGUGGUGACUUCACAGAUAGAAGUGAUGUUCAUCAGCGAUCAUCAAAGGGAACUCCUCAAUCAAAAGAGAUUUCAAACAAGAAUGAAUGUUGCACAGAUGAUGCUGGUUCUAGCAUGACAGUUCAGCCUCUUGCAGAAUUGGAAAAUGGAAAUGACAGUGAGUUUGGAGACUUUGGCUUAGGGGUAAAAAGGUUUCCAGACUCUGAUGAGUUUUCAGCCUUCAGUUCUGCUGGUUGUAACCAAGCUACAGAGUGGAAUGCUUUUGAGGCUGAGCAAAAAGAGAGCUGCUUGUGGGCUGCUUUUGAAGAUGAGCAGGUGGUGGAACCUCAUCCCAUAAAAGAUGUGUGGCCAUCAGAUAGGACAGGCACAACUUUUGAUGAUGAAGAUUCAGUGACUCCUACACCUAACAGUGUUUCUGUAGCAUCUUUGCAUGGAACCAGUAGUGGGAAGUUGCAGGACUUGCCGGCUUCAGCUCGGACAAAGCUGCUAAGUCGUCUAGAACGAAUAUUUGAAGCCUGUUUUCCUCCUGUAACUGUCUCUGAAAUGGAAGAAGAGAUUGCUCCUUUAAAUCUCUUGUUGGAAAUGGGUAAUAAACCUGGGAGGACAGAGGAGAACUUGUCACAAAGGGAACUGCUAGAUGUGUGGACAGAGCUUCAGGAUAUCCACGAUGCAUAUGGAUUGAAAUAUCAGUGGGGUGGCUCCCUCAGCAACAAAAAACUCCUCUGCUCUCUGGGAAUCGACACAAGAAACAUCCUCUUUACAGGUAACAAGAAGCAACCUGUUAUAGUGCCCAUGUAUGCAGCAGGAUUGGGUAUGUUAGAGCCCACAAAGGAACCCCUGAAACCAAUAUCUGCUGCGGAGAAAAUAGCUUCCAUAGGACAGACUCCACUUGCAUCACCAGAGAUGAAUAUAUGUACAACUGAUCAGUUCCAGGAAUCUCUACCACCUGUCCAGUUUGACUGGAGUAGCAGUGGCCUUACUAACCCUUUAGAUGCUAGUGGAGGUUCCACUCUUCUGAACCUUGAUUUCUUUGGGCCCGUGGAUGACAGUAGCUCUAGCACCACCACCACCAUCCCAGGUGUGGAUCCAGAACUGUAUGAGUUGACAACUUCCAAGCUGGAAACCUCCAACUCCACCAGUAAAGUGACUGAUGCAUUCGCAAAGCUAAUGUCCACAGUAGAGAAAGCAAGCACAUCAACAAGAAAGCCCAAAAAGGAAGAACAACUCAGUGAAGAGGCUGCCAAGGUGAUUUCUAGCCUUCCUGACUUAUCUUUCAUGCAUGCCAAGGUGUUGAUGUUCCCAGCCACAUUAACACCUUCAACAAGUUGCCAAGGCAAGGUAGACUAAGGUGAAGUGAAUUGGACAAUUUCCAUUGAUUCUUGCCCUAGCCCCCCUUUCUGGGUCCUAUGAAGUGAUCUUGCUUCAAUUAAAAAUAAUUCAAGUUCAGAUGAUUUGUUGGUAAGCAGCACUAGAAAGGUAUACAUACUUAUGUAUAUUUAUUUACAUAUUGGAGUCCUAAAUUUAUAUUAGACAAAUGUAAAUAACUGGAGAGGAUUGAACCUUUUUUGAAGAUUUAUCCUUUUUUGUUGUGUUGGGGUGUAACCAUUUUGUCUUUGUGGAAUACACUGGUAGUGUCCUUCUUACAAAACUUUCUAAACAAUUUUUAAAAAUUGAAAUUUCCAACUUUUGCUCUUCAUGAAAUUUCCCUUUGCCCCCCACCCCACCCAAUUUAAUAACUUACCCUUGAUGAAAAUCCUUUUACUGAAAGCUUUAAAGCUUACGGUCUUUCAGUAGUCUUCUUUUAAGCAGGCUGAACCUUCCCUUAUUUUUCAUCUCAAGUGGCUUUUUUUUUUUUUGCAGGGGUGGGGUGGGGCUAAGUGGUUGAUUUUUUUGAUUUUUUUAGCUUUUUGACUUCUAACAGUGUGGAUUUAUCAUCAUUGCCUUUCAAGAGGUUUGCUGUCAAUUAUCUUUAGUUAAGUGAUCACUGCCUAAGCACUUGAUUCUCGAGAUCUAUGUGUUAAUCAAUUUGGUUUGGGAUGGAAGGACCAAAACUGUCUAAAUGUCUUACACUGAAAUAUACCUGUUACAUUUUUUUUGUUGUACCACUAUCCCUAUAUUUUGAUUUUGCACAGUGUAAAUUUGACAUAAUCAUAGAUUGCUAUGGUUUAGGCUGUAUGUACAGUAAAACUAUGGGUUGUAAAUGUUUGGGGAAAUUCCUAUGGAAAAAAGAGAAUGCUAUGUAGAACAACCUCUAACAAGGUUUAUGUGCAUGCCUGAGGUCUUUUUGAAAUUUCAGUGUAUAAAUUUCCUCUUAGCUUACACAAAAUAAAAAAUAAAGUUAUAUAGUCUGUUAA